AGACAAAUCCGAGCGUGGUUCUGGUCUCGCCGGCGGCGAUGUCUGCGUCGGUGAUCCUGCCGGACCUGGCCACGCAGGUCGUGGUCCCCGUGGCGGCCGCGGUCGGCAUCGCCUUCGCGCUGCUGCAGUGGUUCUUGGUCUCCCAGGUCAAGGUCACCGGGGACGGCGGCUCCGCCGGGAAGGGCGGCGCCAGCGAGUCCCUCAUCGAGGAGGAGGAGGGCCUCAACGACCACAACGUCGUCCUCAAGUGCGCCGAGAUCCAGACCGCCAUCUCCGAAGGAGCAACUUCCUUCCUUUACACCGAGUACAAGUAUGCUGGAGGAUUCAUGACCGUUUUUGCUGUUCUGAUCUUCGUCUUCCUUGGGUCCAUUGAGGGUUUCAGCACAAAGAGUCAGCCUUGCCAUUACAGCGUGGGCAAGACAUGCAAGCCUGCUCUUGCUAAUGCCGCGUUCAGCACAAUUGCUUUUGUGCUAGGUGCAGUCACCUCUCUUGUAUCUGGGUUUCUCGGGAUGAAGAUUGCAACCUAUGCAAAUGCUAGGACAACCCUUGAGGCAAGGAAGGGUGUUGGGAAGGCAUUCAUCGUUGCUUUCCGCUCUGGUGCUGUGAUGGGCUUCCUUCUUGCUGCCAGUGGCCUUUUUGUUCUUUACAUUAUAAUCAACUUGUUUGGAAUCUACUACGGUGAUGACUGGGAAGGUCUUUUCGAGGCUAUCACCGGUUAUGGUCUUGGCGGUUCUUCGAUGGCUCUUUUUGGCCGUGUUGGCGGUGGGAUUUACACUAAAGCUGCUGAUGUUGGUGCCGAUCUUGUCGGGAAAGUGGAAAGGAACAUCCCUGAAGAUGACCCGAGGAACCCAGCUGUCAUUGCCGACAAUGUUGGUGACAAUGUGGGAGAUAUUGCUGGAAUGGGAUCAGAUCUGUUUGGUUCCUAUGCUGAGUCAUCUUGUGCUGCUCUUGUUGUUGCGUCAAUCUCUUCCUUUGGAAUUAACCAUGAAUUCACCCCUAUGAUGUUCCCACUCCUAAUUAGCUCUGUGGGUAUAAUAGCUUGUUUGAUAACAACUCUCUUUGCAACCGAUUUCUUUGAGGUCAAGGCUGUAGAUCAAAUCGAGCCUGCCCUAAAAAAACAGCUUAUAAUUUCCACUGCUGUGAUGACCGUUGGCAUUGCACUGGUCAGUUGGUUAGGCCUCCCCUAUACCUUCACAAUAUUCAACUUUGGUGCCCAGAAGACAGUGCACAGCUGGCAACUAUUUUUAUGUGUGGCUGUUGGUCUCUGGGCCGGCCUAGUCAUCGGAUUUAUUACAGAGUACUACACAAGCAAUGCAUACAGUCCUGUGCAGGAUGUUGCUGAUUCCUGCAGAACUGGAGCUGCCACCAAUGUCAUCUUUGGGCUUGCUCUUGGAUACAAAUCAGUUAUUAUCCCCAUCUUCGCUAUCGCCUUCAGUAUUUUCCUCAGCUUCAGCCUUGCCGCGAUGUAUGGUGUUGCUGUGGCUGCUCUUGGAAUGCUAAGCACAAUAGCUACUGGUCUUGCCAUUGAUGCCUAUGGCCCUAUCAGCGACAACGCUGGAGGCAUUGCUGAAAUGGCUGGCAUGAGCCAUAGAAUCCGUGAGAGAACUGAUGCUCUUGAUGCUGCAGGAAACACUACUGCUGCCAUUGGGAAGGGUUUUGCCAUUGGCUCCGCUGCCUUGGUGUCCCUUGCUCUCUUUGGUGCCUUUGUGAGCCGUGCUGGGAUCACAACAGUUGAUGUUUUGACGCCCAAUGUUUUCAUUGGACUGCUUGUUGGUGCUAUGCUCCCAUACUGGUUCUCUGCAAUGACCAUGAAGAGUGUUGGCAGUGCGGCUCUCAAGAUGGUGGAGGAAGUGCGGAGACAGUUCAACACCAUCCCUGGGCUCAUGGAGGGCACUGCCAAGCCUGACUAUGCAACAUGUGUGAAGAUAUCCACUGAUGCAUCCAUCAAGGAGAUGAUCCCCCCGGGUGCUCUUGUCAUGCUCACACCUCUUAUUGUUGGGACCUUCUUUGGUGUUGAGACCCUAUCUGGAGUCCUUGCGGGUGCUCUUGUUUCUGGUGUUCAGAUCGCCAUUUCAGCAUCGAACACUGGUGGUGCCUGGGACAACGCGAAGAAGUACAUCGAGGCUGGCGUAUCUGACCAUGCAAAAUCCCUGGGGCCGAAAGGCUCAGACUGCCACAAGGCUGCUGUGAUUGGUGACACCAUCGGGGAUCCUCUCAAGGACACCUCAGGCCCCUCGCUCAACAUCCUCAUCAAGCUCAUGGCGGUUGAGUCCCUCGUGUUCGCCCCCUUCUUCGCCACCUAUGGAGGCAUCCUCUUCAAAUAUAUUUAGAUGCGGAAGAUCCAAGAUAUGAUCGAUUGUUUAAUUUUGCUGGUCAGAAGCGUGCUACUUGAUCUUUAUGUCGCCGAGCUCCUUCACGACCCAUUGCGCGCCCUCUUUAUGUUUUCCAUUUAGUUGUCCCUGAUCUUCCACCAUCAUGUUGAACUUGUCUAGUUUUCGUUCUGUUAGCUGUAGAGGUAGCAGAGGGUAGCAAAAUCAACGGCCAGUGGUUUGGGCAAAGUGUGUCUUGGAGAGUUCUAUUUUGCCUCUUGAUGGAUGAUGACGACGAUGAUGAUGAGUCUUGUAUGAAACUGGGGAAUGUUUGUCUGAAUUUGGGUAAUGUUUUAUCUGAAAUUGGGUAAUGUUCUUUCUC